AUCCGCAAACGGCGCUAAUCAAAUGGCCUUCAAAAGCUUUCUUCGUCGUUGUUCUUCUUCUACUGAAACGAUUACGAAAACCAAACUCUCAUCUUUAUUCACAAAUUCAUGUAAAGUAACAGCAACCAUACCACAAGAUUCAGUAGAUAACGCUGAAGAGGUUGCGAGACUUGAUAAAUUCCUUAAAAAAGAUUGUAAAGAAGGUAAUAUCACUCUUGAUGAAGCACGCUUUUUCUUUUGUUUAAUGAUUGAUAUGCAACCCAAACCACCGAUUUCGUUAUUCAACCGGUUGUUUGGAGCUCUUGCUAAGAAAAAAUUUUAUGAAGACGUUAUUUUGCUGUACAAGCAAGCGGAUUCGAUGGGUUUGUUGCCAGAUUUAAUUACUUUGAAUGUUUUGAUUAAUUGUUUUUGUAAUGUGGGUCGAGUUUGUGAUGGUUUUGUUGUUUUCGGGUGGAUUUUGAGGUGGGGUUUUAACCCAGAUGCUGUGACUUUUAAUUCUUUGAUUAAAGGUUUGUGUUUGGAGAAUAGGGUUACGGAGGCUACUAGGUUGUUCAAGAAAAUGGUUGUCUUUGGGGUUAGGCCUAAUAUUAUUUCUUACGCUAGUAUUAUCCAUGGUCUUUGUAGAGAUGGGUCGGUAGAUAGGGCGAAAGAAAUUUUUUUGGAAAUGAAGAGUGGAGGAAUUAAACCAAAUGUGGUUGUUUGUAACUCUCUAAUUUACGGUUGGUGUUUUGUGGGAAAUUUGGAGGAGGCUAAAGGCUUUUUUAUUGAGAUGGCGGAUCAAGGUUUGCAGCCUGAUUUACUGACUUAUAAUACAAUGAUAAGUGGGUUUUGCAAGGAGGGGAAGAUAGAGGAAGCCAAUUGGUUGUUGGAAUUGAUGAUCCAAAGAGGUUUGCAACCAAGCAUAUAUACUUAUAGUACUUUGAUGGAUGGUUAUUGCUUGCUGCAUAGUUUUGAUGAUGCAAGGGAGCUGCUAAUCUCUAUGGAGAGUAAGGGUUGUAAGCCUGAUGUUGUAAGUUAUACUACUUUGAUCAAUGCCUAUGGCAAGAAUAGGAAAUUAGAGAAUGCUAUGAGUCUUUUCAGGGAAAUGAUUUCAAAGGGAAUUAGACCCGACGUUGCUGCAUAUAACACUUUGCUGACUAGUCUUUUUCUAUCAAAUAAGGUUGGAACUGCACGGAAACUAUUUGAUGAGAUGAAACUUCAUAAUGUUUCUCCUAAUUUACGUACAUAUGCAAUUUUGAUUGAUGGGCUAUGCAAGAAUGGCUGUGUUCUGGAGGCAGCAAAAUGGUUUCGUACUUUGGAGUACUAUGAGUUUAAACUUAGUAUUGAAAUCUAUAGCAGCCUCAUUGAUGGGUUGUGUAAAAAUGGAAUGAUCGAAAUUGCUUGGGAGAUAUUUCACAAAUUGCCUCAGAAAGGCCUAAUGCCAGACGUUAUGACAUAUACCAUCUUAAUCAAUGGGUUUUGUAAAGAGGGGAAACUACAAAAGGCAUAUGAUUUGUUAUUUGAUAUGGAAAAAAAGGGUUGUGCUCCAAAUGCUGUUACAUUCAAUACUCUUAUGCGAGGCUUUUUGCAAAAUAAUGACGCAGCUAAAGUGGUUGAACUUCUUCACAAAAUGAAUGACAGAAAUGUGAUACCAGAUGAAUCAACAUUGUCUACAGUCGUAGAUCUGCUUGUAAAGCAUGAAAAUUAUCGUGAAUGUUUGGAGUUGCUUCCUCAAUUUCCUCUGCAAAAGUCAACAAGAAACUGAAAUGAUAAAUAUUGCUGCACUUGACUGUAAAAACCAUCUUCAAUGCUGUGAAUGUAAAGGGUAGUAUUUUCUCUUUUAUUUUCCAUGUAGCAUCCUUCGAUCAUAAGUCUU